CCCAUUCACAAAUUAAGAAGCAUUCUUCCCACGACCACCAAUGUAAGGAGGACAUUCUUCCCACUAAUCAUAAAUGUAAGAAGCAUUCUUCCUACUGUCCACAAUGUGACAUUCCCACACCCCCAAGUAAGGGACAUUCUUCCCACUGACCACCAAAGUAAGGGACAUUCACCACUGACCACCAAUGUAAGGAGCAUUCUUCCUACUGUCCACCAAUGUAAGAGACAUUCUUCCAUAUGACCACUAAUGUAAGGAGCAUUUUUCCUACUAUGUAAGGGGAACAUUCUCUCACUGACUCUCCCAGUAACGAACAAAAUGGGAUCGUUCCCCACUCAUCAUCAGUCUAAGAGGGCCCUUCUCCUCUGACCACCAUGUUAAGCAGUAUCUCACUGACCACCAAUGUAAGGUGGCACUACACUGACCACUACCUCUCACACAAAUAUACAUACUUACCAGCCCCACCCAUUAGAAUUAAAGGC